CAAUCUCCGUCCCACUGUUUCCAGUUCAGAAAGCUGUUCGUGUUUCCUGUUCCUUUUCUUUAUGACUUUGUCGUCUUCUCUCGGUCUCCUGAAGGAAGCCGUGCCCAACCCACUCGGACAGUGGAGUUCACUUGUGCUCUCCUCCUCUUCCAUCGGCAUCAGUAUCGAGCACUGUUACUUUCAAGGGAGAAAUGGAGGAAGAGUACAGGAGAGAGGGAGGCGUGGCUCUCUUGGUGAUCGUUGUCCUCGCUGUUCUCUCGCUGGCUUCCCUCCUGGUCGCCUUCAGCUACUAUUGCUACAUCAGCAACAAAGUCUCCAAGCACCUCAAUUCCCUCAAGGAAGGGAAGAGCGAACAGAAGGAAAAGGCGGCACCUUUAGGCGGCGGCAGCGGCAGCGACGAGGCGCCGGUGGUGGUGAGCGAGAGAGGGGUGCAGGUGUUCACCUACAAGCAGCUCCAUUCGGCGACCGGCGGGUUUGGGAAGCGCAGUGUGGUGGGGCACGGGAGCUUCGGGGCCGUAUACAGGGGAGCGCUGCCCGAUGGGCGGAAGGUCGCCGUCAAGCUGAUGGACCGACCGGGGAAGCAAGGGGAGGAUGAGUUCAAGAUGGAGGUGGAGUUGCUGACGCGCCUUCACUCGCCCUACCUGCUGACAUUGAUCGGCCAUUGCUCCGAUGGCGGGCAUCGGCUUCUGGUCUACGAGUUCAUGGCUAAUGGGGGUCUUCAGGAACAUCUGUAUCCUACUAAAGGUUCCUACGGUGGCAUUUCAAAGUUGGACUGGGAUGCGAGAAUGCAAAUAGCUCUUGAAGCUGCAAAAGGUCUGCAGUACCUUCAUGAGCACGUCAACCCCCCUGUCAUCCAUAGGGAUUUCAAAAGCAGCAAUAUUUUGUUGGACAUUUACUUCCAUGCCAAAGUUUCAGAUUUUGGACUUGCAAAACUUGGAUCCGAUAAAGCAGGAGGCCAUGUUUCCACACGUGUUUUAGGCACACAAGGAUAUGUUGCUCCAGAAUAUGCAUUGUCCGGGAGAUUGACAACUAAAUCAGAUGUAUACAGCUAUGGAGUAGUGCUCUUGGAACUGCUGACUGGUAGAGUCCCAGUAGAUAUGAAUAGGCCACCAGGGGAAGGUGUACUCGUAACCUGGGCUCUGCCAUGUCUCAGUGAUCGAGAAAAAGUAACUCAGAUACUGGAUCCAGCAUUGGAAGGUCACUAUUCUAUGAAGGAUGCUGUUCAGGUGGCUGCCAUUGCUUCCAUGUGUGUGCAACCUGAGGCUGAUUACAGGCCUUUAAUGGCGGACGUCGUCCAGUCACUGGUCCCUCUUGUGAAGAAGAGGUUGCUGAAAAGGAGUUCCAGUUCCUCUGCUUCUCACGCUUGCAAGCCUCUAGUGAAACCUGAAUAUGAUUGACAUGUUCAUCGACUUUGCUGAGAUCUUCCUCUUAGCUUGGGAGCAUUUCAUAUAUUGGAAUUUUGUAGUAGAACUUCCAUGAGCUGUUGGAAGUCAUAUGAAAGAUUGUGAUACAGCAUAAGCAUGCUGAAUGAUAAUGCUAUGAUUGCAGGCUUUGUUACAUAUGUUGAAUGGCCAGCUUCCAGGCUUUUCGAUAUCGAGAUUAAACAUGAGACAGGCUUGUAAUGAUCUGAUGUCAAAAUUCUGAUCUGACUGAGCUUUCACUUAAUCUUUAGUUUAAGUUUCCUUGA